AAGCUACUCAUACGGCGCUGUCUCAUUCACGCACCCCCUGUUUGCUCACUAGGCCCCUGUGUAUAUAUAAUCCUCUUCUGCGUAUUCUCUUUACCCCAAUAAACAAAACAAAUACAUUCAUCUUCUCUCUUCUGGAAUACCAUCUCAAGCCUGCCCUGUUCCGAGUCAAAUAUGGGACUCUCGCAAUACCCCAGUCCAGCUGAUGCAGGGAUGAUGUGCAUGAUUCUGGUCAACACAGCUAGAUACAUCUCUAUGAUGAAGGAGAUAGUCCGCUUUGUACUCAAGACAAUAGGCAUCGAUAUUGGACCGUGGGAAGAAUACAACACCAUCGAUAUCCCCUCAAACUCAUUAGAAUGCUAUGAAAGCUCCUCAGAAGCCUCUAUAGAAGAGUUCCGUAGCAGGAUACCUGCAAUGAGAUACGACUCAUUGUGUUCUCAGCAACACGAGCAUGAUUGCUCUGUUUGCUUGACAAAUUUUAGACCAAAGGCGGUAAUAAACCAUUUGUCAUGCGGGCAUGUUUUCCAUCAAGUUUGUGUGGAGAAGUGGCUGAAAUAUCGGAAGGUCACCUGCCCUAACUGCAGGACAAACAUGAUUCCCCAAGAUGAAGAAGAAGAAGAAGAUACUUGUCCUAUGUGAGGCAAGGACGAAGGGAACACAAGAAGAUACUUAUCCAGUGUGAGCGGUUUGAUUGAUACGCACCAUGGACAAGUGUCUAUGUACAGCAUAGUAGAAUAUAGGGAGUUAUGAAAGUGAACCUGGUGUGCUCAUGUAGUUGUAUCUAUAUUAAAUAUGCCAGUUUCUUGAAACGUCGCGGUGUUUGUGAUGAAUAAAGGUGUAUUGUACAAAUAACUGCAAUGUUUCAACUUCUGUUACUACUCUUCA